GCGGAGUUCUGAGCCGGACCUGGGCGGGGCCGCAGAGCCGUAGGUACCGCAGCCCAGACCCGACAGGUGCGCUGGGUAGAGCGCAGGGACCGUGACCGUGCAACGCCGAGCGCCGACGGCUUUCUGGUCUGGUGCUUCAGAGGCUGUAGACAAGAUGGAAUCAACUCCAUUUAAUAGACGACAGUGGACUUCCCAGUCAUUGAGAGUGACGGCCAAAGAACUUUCUCUUGUCAACAAGAAUAAGUCAUCGGCAAUUGUGGAAAUAUUCUCCAAGUACCAGAAAGCAGCUGAAGAGGCAAACACGGAAAAGAAGAGGAAUAACACCGAAAAUCUCCCCCAGCAGUUUAGAAGAGGGACCCUGUCUGCGCUAAAGAAGAAGUGGGAGACCUCGGUGGCCGGAGUGGAGCCCCACAUAGACACAGUGCCAGACAGCAGCGGUGAGGGCGGGCGCAGCGUGGACCCCUCUCCUGCCGAAGUGACCGUCGGCUCUGCUUCUGGACCCCGAGGAGACCGGGAAGAGCAAACCCAGCCCAAACCUAGAUUUGGAUCUCGCCCGGAAGCCGUUAUUCAGUCUUGGUAUCCCCGCUCUCAGGACAGCCUGGAUCUUAAAGUCCAGGCCACAGAAAGUCAAAAAAUGGAAAAUUCUCUGGGAGAUUCCAGGCAUGAAGUAGAGAAAUCUGAAGUGAAUGAAAACACAGAAGCUUCAGGCAAAAUAGAGAAAUACAAUGUUCCACUGAACAGACUAAAGAUGAUGUUUGAGAAAGGCGAGCACACUCAAAACAAGAGUCUUUGGACCCCAAGCCGAAAUGCAGGUGGAAGGAUCUCUGAGAACAGCUAUUCCCUUGAUGACUUGGAAAUUGGUCCGGGUCAUUUGUCAUCUUCCACAUUCAACUCGGAGAAGAACGAGAGCAAGCGGGGUCUGGAGCUCCCACGCCUCUCGGAGACCUCCAUCAAAGACCGCAUGGCUAAGUACCAGGCCGCCGUGUCCAAGCAGAGCCGCCCAGCCGGGAGUGAGUUGAAAGCCAGUGGCGGCGAGAUCAAAACUACGUUGGAGCAAAAGGAGAGUGUGCCCCCAGGUCCCGAGGCCUGCAGCUCCCAUCAGGAGGGAAAAAAGGUUUCUGCGACUGAGAAUAGCCUGGUGGCCCAUUGUAGCCCUGCUGAAGAUGAUGCCUGUGCCUCCCAGGUGAAGAGUGAGGCCCCGCAGCCUGUGCACCCCGAGCCACUGAGUCCUGAUGCCAGAACCUCCAGUCUUCCGGAAAGUUCUCCUUCCAAAACGGUGAAGAAGUUUCAGGCACCUGCAAGAGAGACCUGUGUGGGGUGUCAGAAGACCGUGUACCCCAUGGAGCGUCUCCUGGCCAACCAGCAGGUGUUUCACAUCAGCUGUUUCCGCUGCUCCUAUUGCAACAACAAACUUAGUCUAGGGACAUAUGCCUCCUUACAUGGAAGAAUCUACUGCAAGCCUCACUUCAACCAGCUCUUCAAGUCUAAAGGCAAUUAUGACGAAGGCUUUGGGCACAGACCGCAUAAGGCUCUUUGGGCAAGCAAAAGUGAAAAUGAAGAAACCACAGAGAGACCAGCCCAGCCUCCAAAUGCAGGGGAGACCCCCCAUAGCCCCGGGGUAGAAGAUGCCCCCAUCGCUAAGGUGGGUGUCCUAGCUGCAAGUAUGGAAGCCAAGGCUUCCUUUCAGAGGGAGAAGGAAGAUAAGCCAGCUGAGACCAAGAAACUGAAGAUCGCCUGGCCACCCCCAGCUGAGCUUGGCAGUUCAGGAAGUACCAUCGAGGAAGGAUUCAAAGUCUCUAAGCCCAAGUGGCCUCCUGAGGAGGAAACUGGCAAGGCGGAGGCUCCCGAGGACGUAGACCUGGACCUGAAGAAGCUGAGGCGCUCUUCCUCGCUGAAGGAGCGGAGCCGGCCAUUCACUGUAGCAGCCUCUUUCCGAACCUCUUCAGUCAAGAGCCCCAAGACGUCUCCUCUCGGGAAAAGCUGGAGCAUGUCAGAGCAGAAUGAGGAGUUUGGAGGAGGGUUAGUAACAGAAAGGAAACGCAUGGAAAGUGCCGAAGGCCCUGGGCAGAAUGGAAAUGUGGACAAGGCACGCCGCCAGAGCAGGGAUUCCGCCAGGGAGGAAGCGGUGAGGAGUAAGGACAUUCAUGGUGUUGAGCUGGAGAGUGAGAAUUUCAUAGAAAACGGAGCAAACAUAGAUGAUGAUAGCAAUGACCUCACGCAGCAAUCACCACUAGAACCCGAGUCUCCGAGUUGGUCCCGCUUUGUGGACACCACUCCUACUAAAGAAUUCACUACCCAGAAUCAAAAAUCUCAAGAUGUUGGGUUCUGGGAGGGGGAAGUGGUCAGAGAGCUGUCUGUGGAGGAACAGAUAAAGAGAAAUCGGUACUACGACGAGGAUGAGGAUGAAGAAUAACAGAAUGCCGUGGUGCUGGCCUAAAACUCCCACAAUGCUAGUCUCACUUCCCUUUAUCAAGUGGUGCGCAGAGACAGGCAGCUUGGCGCCAACUGGCAUCUAUGUGGGAGCCACUUGGGAAAGAAAUUCCUGCUACCAAAACAGAAAACAAGCAAAGAGAAUCCAUUCUAAGUGCAUUAUUGAAACUCCAUUUUAAGCCUGGUAUGGUGGUAGACACCUUUAAUCACAGCACUCAGAAGGCAAGGCAGCAGAUCUCUGAGUUCGAAGCCAGCCUGAUCUACAAAGAAGUUCUAGAACAACCAGAGCUGCACAGAGAAAACCCAUCUCAAAAACUCAAAAAGGAAGAAAAGGAGGAACAAGAGAGAGAAAGAAAAGAAAGAAACUCCAUUUUUAGCAGCGAAGAAUGCAUAAGGGCUAAGCAGGGAUUCUCUGGGUAAUGCAGCCAGCGCCCACUGCAUUCCCAAAAGUCAAUAUUAAAAUGUCUAGACAGGGACACAUUUUCACACUACAAAUAAAACCAUUGUGGAAUUGGAAACAAACAGAACAGAUUUAGGUGCCUACAUAUCAUGACCAGAAGCACUUUAGUAUAAAGGGCAAGUGUAGAUAUUUUUACCAAUUUCCUUUUUUAGUACUCAAUGUUAAAUCAAGUAUUUAGUCUUUCAAAAUUUUUUUAUGCAUUUCCUCCCUCUGGUAGAUAUGGGAAACUAUCGCUUUGCAUCCUGCUCUCUGCAUUUUUGAUUACUGAGGUAUUAUACAGCCACCUGUGGCCCAGUGAGAUGGCUCACUGACUAAAGGUGCUUGCUACACAAACCUGGCCACCUGAGUUCCAUCCACAGCACCCACGUAAAGGUGAGCGAGCAGGCACCACAAAGUUAUCAUCUGACAAAUGUGCCCUGUGGCACACACGCCCAUCAAAAAUAAUAAACAAUCAAAAAAGAUAAGCCACCCUUCCUAAAUAAUUUAGAGACAAAGACCAGCCUAUAUGCUUUAGUGCUUGGAGAGACCCAGCUGUACCCAGACUGUAGCAUUUGCCAAUGUGUUUGUCUGAUCUCUAGGUGAUUGCCUCCUCUUUUUGGUGGCUUCUUACACUUUACUGAAAGCUGAAAUGUUUUGUUUUGUUUUUUGUUUUGUUUUGUUUUUUCGAGACAGGGUUUCUCUGUGGUUUUGGAGCCUGUCCUGGAACUAGCUCUUGUAGACCAGGCUGGUCUCGAACUCACAGAGAUCCGCCUGCCUCUGCCUGGGAUUAAAGGCGUGCGCCACCACUGCCCGGCCAGCUGAAAUGUUUUUAUAAUACCUUUGGAUUAGUGUUCACCAUGCUCCCUGUAGAACACAAUGAAGAGGACUCCAGGAGAGAUAACAGGAGGGACAGCCUGAGCUCAGACCUCCUAAUGCCUAUCAGCUCCGAGGCAUUGAUUUUUAUAGCAGAUAAUAUUUCCAGGGUUAGAUUAAAUCAGUUUUAGGUACUUCUUCUUGGAUGGUGGCCUAGCUUGAGUCUCUGGUGUGCUAGAAGACAGGGCUGAAAGCCACUGACAGGAGGAAGUUUAUUUCCUCAUGCAGGUCGUAGUCUGUGGUCCUCAGGGGAAGCCGGGCAGGAAUCUGGAGGCAGGAACGCUGCUCACUGGUUCAGUUUCCACGUCUUACUCAGCUUGCUUUUGUGUACAACCAGGGCCUCCUGCCCCGGGGUGACUCUGCUCACAACAACAGAACCCACAGACUGAGAUUCCCAGACCAUUCAUUCUGUUUCUCAAGUUGGCAAAAACCAGCCCAGGUAGUUUUCUCUGGCUUUAGAACAUUCUGAGUGAGUACAGGGUACAUUUGUUAAAUGUGGCUGAUAGCACGAAUCAUGUAUGGGGGGUGUUUUUAAGGUAGAGGCCUUUGGGCAUUUGUGGAGAUGUUAGAUAAUGCUUCCUUAUAGUCUUUAGCCUAAAACUUUUUUAUUCAAUAAAGCUUUAAAUUUACAUUUCAACUUUCCACUGUUCGUUCGUUUCCAUUGUUAGGGUCUCGGGUCUCCUGACCUUCUCUAACGUCAGCAGUUUGAGGGGGAAUGUGCUGGAAAUCCAUUUCACCACUAGAUGGUGACAUUGAGCUGAAUUGUGAAUUUUCAUCCACCCUGAAGGAAGACAAAAAUUUUCUGGAAAAUUGCAAGUAAUUUGGCAAGAGAAUUAGUAUGUACUUUCAAAAUGAGCUGUUUGUUUUGCCAAUUCCAAUUCCAAUGGUGGUUUUUACUGUUUUAUUGUAUUCAACAUUUAGUAAUUCACCUUACAAUUAUGCCUAACAUGCAAAAUAUAAUUUCCAACCAUCUCUGCUGAAAA